AUGAUAGACGAUUUUUAUAGUUCAUUUUGUAUGUUUUGUAUCGGUUUCUUAUCUUUGUCGAUAAGCUUUUUCAUUUCAACGUUCACUCUCCUCCAGCAUUUACUCCAUUACACUUCACAUAGGCUUCAAAGGUACAUUGUAAGGAUCUUAGUCUUUCUACCCAUAUAUGGCGUGAUAACGUUCAUACUGCUCUUAAUUCCGAAGCUGUUUGACCUGUUGUCGAUGCUGAGGAACAUUUGGGAAGGGUUUCUGAUUCACUCAUUUUUAUUUUUAAUGUUGGAGUACUGCGGAGGAGAAACCGCAUGCGGAGAAGCCAUUUCAAAAAACCCGUCGGUGAUAAGGCACCUGUGGCCACUCAGCCUUAUACACUUUUUCUCACUAAACGAGGAUAUUCCGCUCAACGUCGGAUUCGUAAAGCGUUGUAAAAUGUGCACAAUACAGUACGUCAUAUCCCGUCUAGUAUUUUCGCUAUUGCUGAUAGGAGUUCAUAUCAGCGGGAAUAAGUGGUCGGGGACACUUUCCUUCUUUUCAUCUUUAAUUUUAAGCAUUAGCCUCUAUGUUGCACUUUACUCACUAGCUCUCUUCUACUUUGCAAUUAGCAGACACCCAGCGCUCGCAAAGGCCAACUCACUCACAAAGUUCUUUUCCCUAAAGCUCUGCUUUGCCUUUUCAUUCUACCAAGGUUUAAUUUUGGACCUCUUCAUGCGAGUGUCGUUUGACCGCUCAGUGAGGAUAAAAUCCUUUGUGGUUUUGGUUGAAACUAUUAUUUUUGCGCUGGUUCAACACAACGCAUACCGAGUCACUGAGUUCUACCAGCCUCCGAACCAGAUUGAUACCACUGGUAUGACUAAGCUAGAGAGUCUUACUCGAUACCUCCAAUUCUGCCUGGAUGACCUCAGGACCAUGAAGACUUCCGAAGGCAUGGGAACAAUCCUUUCAAGCGCCGGAAAGGCCCUUGACAUGUCAGACUUCUUCACCGACACAUAUUACAACAUCAGUGAUAAGUACAAGGAACACUCGAUUUUCGUGUCACACAACGUCAUUGACUCUGACAUUGUGCUCGACACAAACUCCCAAGAGGUCAAGGACGUCGAGAUGAACACCGUCGAUAACUUUGCCGACUUUCAGAAGGUCAAGGACGAAAUCGACAACGACGAGCGCUGCAAUGAAAUAUCGAAGCUUGAGUUUAUCUAA